AGUUAAAAAUAUAAGUAUUUCAGACUGAUUUCAAAUUCUGGAAAAUAAAUUUUAAGUCACCUUACAUUUUGAAUAAUCUUCUUUGAGAGUAGCUUUGCUGUAAUACAUGCUCUUUGCUCUGCCACUAACAGCCGGUUGAGCAAGGUUUGCCAGCCGCCCGACACUGCUAGCUAGAUUAGCUUGGUACAGGUUGUUUACUUCUCUGUGGUCUGAAAGGAUGGCGGACAGAAAUCUUGUGCUGGAAUUGAAACGGUGGGCAACAGAGGAGUUUAAUCUGCCUCCGGAAAGCCUGCCAAAUGACAGCUAUUUCAAAACGCUCUGUGUUGGGUCUGGGAAGUCAAUAUGGAAAUAUAUCAUCCAACACGUUUUUCAGCAAAGGAAUGUGAGGAUCAUGCGUGGGAAUCUGCAGUGGUACAAAGUCCUUCAGGACAAAGAGUUGAAGCAAGCUGAAGGCCAAAGUGAGGCUGCCAAGCAGAGAGAGCUUCAGAGGAAGAUAGAGCAGCUGAGAGCAGAGAUCAGUCACCUGGAUUCUCAGAUAAGCGGGACAGAAGAACAGUUGGCUGCACAAGAGCAGUCCAUCAGCCGCACCUGGGCCAAAGUGGAGGACAGUCAGCACAGAGAGCUACUCCUGCAUGCCUUCAAGCAGCGCUGCAUUUCUGAUCGUAAAGUGCUAUCUGAUGACACACAAAAGAUCAGUGGAAACUACCAGGCACUGGAACAGGCUAGCAGGAAAGCAGAGAUUGAAGUGCUUUUUGAUAGUAAGUCUUCCAGCAGCAGUGAUGGAGAUGACCUCAACUCUAAAGCCGCAGAGGCACAGGUCCUGCGUGAAGUUAGACAGCUGUGUGAUGACAGGAUCCACUUCUAUUGUUCUCUACAAGAGAGUGAACUGAAACCAACACAUUCUGCAGCCAAACAUAUGACUCGGGAACAGCGUACAGCUGUGUUUCAGUACUGGCUCAGUGCUGUGGAGAGUGUUUUGAACAGUUAUCCUCCAAACCAUGUCCUCUCAGCGUUGGAGUAUCUAGCUUCCAGAGAGCAAAGAGAACUAGAGGAGAAAAUUGCCGCUCUGAAUGUGACACAAGAUAUGACUACUCUACGCUUCCGCUAUGACAGCAAUCACCUACUGGAUAUGUCAGCAGAAGAAGAUAAUGAGUUGCCACCAGUUAAGACCCUCUUAGAGGCUGCUUGGGAAGAGGUGCAGCAGAGUUUGGUAGAACUGGCCCAGACUCGCUCUAGAGUCCAGCAGCUCCGUGAACAGCUACAGGCUCAAAAGAAGGAAGCAGAGCUGGAGAUGUCUGGUGUUGCAGAUGCACUCCACAAUGACACCUUAGCACUGUCCGCUUUAAAAGUAGAACUCCAGUGUGUGAUGCAGACAACAGCCAGGGAUCACAUCAGAGACCAGUGUAUCCAACUUGACCAACAUGCCAGAAGUCGACAGGAAGCGCUUAAGAACCUGCGCAGUCAGUGGCAGAGCAUCCUUGACUUCAGACAUCUAGUGGUACUCAGACAGGAGCAGAUCAGAGGUCUGAUAAAGGGGAACUCGACAGCAAAGAUGGAGCUGCUCAGUCUGCAAACACAGAUACAAGAAUUCAUCCACGGCAAACUGGUGCCUCAGUUUGAAGAUGUCACCACUUCAGCUAGUGGUCUGAGGAACUCCAUUUUAAAGGAGGCUCGACAGUUGGGAACAGUUUCACUUCUUGCUCUUGAUCGGAGGACUGUUGAAGGAACUCAAAGAAUCCCAUCAUCAUGGUUGUCCAUCAAUCGCUUGAAGUCCCCAGUCUUCAGCAGCUUGUGUCAGAGCCUUGCAUUUCCAUUAUACAGAGCUCCAGAGGAUUUGUGUUCCCAGGCUCGCUCCCUGCAGCUGGAGUUGCGUUUUCUCCGCCAGCUACUGCAGCUUCAUUCUGCUUCUCUGCAAAAAACACAGAAAGAAGCAGAGCUGUUGCAUGCAUCUGAUCAAAAAGCUCUGCUUUCUAGAGUUGUAGAGGAAGAUCAAAAGCUUCUGAAGGCCCUCGUACCACGAGUAAGAAGCUUCACCCAACGUUGCACCCAAAGCCUUUCUUAUGGGAACCAAGUUAAAAUGGCUAUCUCCUACUGGUGGGAGAGGCCAACCCAGCAUGUCCUGCCUGAGAUCAGUAAAGGAGGGCUGACUUUUCAGCAGUGGCUGCAAAGGUGGAAACUUGCUACCAAAGCUGCUUAAGGGACUGAUCAUUCUUGUAAAAGAAAAACUCAAAGCACCUUUAAAGUCAUAUCCACACGUUUAAAACUCGUGACAAUUUCCUUAAUUUUCUAGGUGAGCUGAAAUUAUGAAUGUUAACAGUUGAUAUGAAACUGUGACCAUGCUAGUUUAUAGACAAUGGCAUAAGAAAAGACUACAACCUGUUAUAACUGUCCUGUUUAUUCUCAUUAUUGCUUUGAUGUUUUACCAUGUAAUAGUCAAUCUCUAAUAGAUCGUUUUAAAUGCAAUUAUAUGUUCAUGUCUUCCUGGAAAUCGAUCCAUCUCUAAUAAAGUUGUUGAAAA